GCUGGAUGGCGCAGUUCAGGACGCUGCACGCUCAGACGCCAUCAUGGUGAGGUCGGAAAUACGACGCAGAGAAGCAGCAUGACGAAAAGGUGAUCAUGAUUCUCAGCCGCUGAUAUGUCUGUCAGAAAAGAAGUAUUCCAGUCCAAGGUCCUGCAAAGACUGUAUCCUGCAGCCCAAAAGCAGAGUGUGCUACAACAUGUUCCCCAGGAGCAGAGCACACCUGUGCCACCUAUAGAGAGACCUCAGUCCAUCCCAACCAAAAAGUCAGGCAAUGAGAAAAGUACAGCUGUACAAGUCAAAAAGCUCUACACUGUACUUCCUCCUCCUGAAGGCUACCUGAUCCCUAGCGGGAAUGAUCCUGUCACACUGUCCAAUCCAGAUUCCAUUGACUCUGACAACAGCCCAGUCGACACAGAUGACCAUGUGUUACAUAAGAGGAAAAGGAGGAGAAAGAAAAAGGUGUCUUCCAUUACUACAGCCAAGGUAUCCACCCCUCCAGCAGAGGGCGCUGUACAAGGCCAGACAAAUGUACAUCCCAGCGAUGAAGGGGACGCUGGAAGCUCAAUGAACACAGAGAGGCUCAGCAAGAACAGAAAGAGGAAGAUGAAGAAGAAACGUCACAAAGAGAAACUCAUCGCUCUUGGACUGGUGCCUCAUGUGAGAGCUGUUGAAUUCACAUAUGCACAGAGUGGACAUGGAAAUUUAGAGGAGGUGCUCGACUUACUUCGUACCACACAGGAGAUCUACCUCUCUGAUCGCAAGUCCUCUGGCUCCUGUGAAGGAAGCAGCUACCUCCCUGCAGCUGAGGCUCUAUUCUCUCGUCUCUCAGGUGGGACGCUGCCCCCUGCUGAGAUCUCCAGGCUGUGUGGACUCAGGGCUCUACUGCUGAAUAAUGAAGAGCAGUUAAAAUCACAGCUGCAAGAAUUCAGGGACACAAGCAUAUUGCCUGCAGAUGAGGUUUCAGUGGUAUGCACUCUUAUUGAGUACUGGCUGACAGAGAUUCUGCCCAUACAGAGAGAGCAGAAGACAUGAUGCCCCCAGAUUCAGAGCUUAAGAGGAAAAUGACUGUGAAUAACCAGCAGGUGUCUGUUUGUAAUCUCAUUAUAAAAGGAAUCUUCAGUCAAGCUGUUUUAUAGUCAAGGAGUUGAAGAAAUUCAGGAUCAAACAACAGCAGCAACAAUUUGGAUUCCUUUUGAAGACACAGAAUGAUAUUCUGGUUUAUCUUGCAUUCACAUUAAUAAUUACUUAUGAAAAAUAUAUUUUUUACACAUUUUGUGCUGUUCAUUCAUUCAUCAUAGGGUACCAAUACACUCUGAGAGUUGUUCCAGAAAGUUAUGUUUCUGCAGUCCAAACACUAGAGUAUUGUUAGUGACCAUGACCAUGUGGAUCACCUUCCACAGCUCAUUAUGAGGAGUCUGUGGUUUAGCCUCUUAGCAGCUAAUUACCUUAACAUCAGAACGUCAGCAGCCCCUCAAUGAUCUCAGAGCCUCUUUAGAUCAUGACAUUGCUAAUUUCCCCCAAAAAAGAUUGCUAAUUUCCCCAAAACAGAGCCUCAUUUAUGUUUUUUUGUUUGUUUGUUUACAUUUAAUGAGCUACUUUGGGGCAUCGAUGUGACGAGCCACUGUGAUUAUCAGUGUGACUACAAAAAUAUGUCUUAGUGCAGCAAUUAAGAUAUUUAUUAAAGUUUUAUUUCAAUUCAUGAGAGAAAAAACAAA